UCUACCAUGUCAGAUAGUGAUUCCAAAGUGUAAUAGAUUUCUUCUGUUCUCUAAAUUAAAUGACAUGGGCCGUUGCUGACAUCCACCACACACCAUAUGAGGAAACACACAGACAGUGUUUGGCAUCCACACGAAGCAGCCUCAUCACUCAGACAGAAAAAUGGUAGAACAGUCCACACAACACUGGUGUGGUGGGAUUAGUGGUAAAUCAGAUUAGUCUAAAAAGUAUUGAUGAAGAAUGGAGCAGGAGAGAUGGUGCAACCAGCGACAGGCUUUGGCUAGUUGGCUGAAAGAACUCUUGGCUGAAGAGAAGUUGCCGUUUUCCGGGGCAACUGAGGACAUGAUGUUUGAUAUGGAGACUGACCCCGUUGGAUUUUUGGUUUCCUCUCCUAGCUGGCACUCUGCUGAGUUUGAGUACCUGAUCAAAUCAGCUGAUGAACAAAGGAGAGCCAACCGCUCUUAUGGGGAAGAGAGGUGUCGCCAAAACAAAAUUUUGAGAAGCUAUGGUUCUCUCCAAAACAAAAGCAGAGUUGUUGGUCGAAAAGUGGUGUUUUAGUUUCUCUCCAUACAGGCGCCUGGCUUCUUUCACUGCCUUACCGAAACUGUAUUUUGGCUCUCUGUACUUGUCUCUUUUAAUAUCCUUUGCAUGAUCUGUAUAGGUCAACAACCAUCUGGCUCCUUUAGCUAACAGAAGUUUGGUUUUACUGGUAAUAAUGACAAAAGGAUUUGACAUAUUUAUACCCCAGAGAAAAAGGACAGAUGAACGGCAUCAAAACAGUUCCUGGAGACUGACACAAACUAAAAUGCAUGAAAUAUCUCAUAAAUUCUUCCAAUAUUGCAAUACUUUUGAUACUUAUGUUUUUGCAGAAACCUUUUUACUACUCCAUAUGUUUUGUACUUCAGAAAAAAAAAAUAUUGAAUUAAAGUAUAUGGCUGCCCUUUAUGCUGGGCCCAAAAUAUAACUAAUUGUUUAUUUUUUUAAUUCACUUUUGGUUAAUUUCAAUAAGGGGCCAGUACUUCUUGAAUUGACUGUAUGACAGCAGUUAUGAAAUGUAUUAAAAUACUCCAGUCUGAAAUUUCAUGUACUUUUUCUUUCUUCUCCCUCUAUUUCCUCUGCCCCCUUCUCUUCAGGAGUUUAACUGUACAGAGCUAAAAUACCUGCUGUGGGUCUACUACCUGUCACCUGCCUAUGCCGUAGAGUUUGCCCUGGGAUUUCCUGGUAACCUCCUGGUGGUGCUCGGCUAUGUGUUCUGCCUGCAGAAGUGGAAGAGUACAAAUAUCUACCUGUUCAACCUGGCAGUCUCUGACCUAAUCUUCCUGUGUACUCUUCCACGGCUCUCCUACAUGUACGCCAACAAACGAAACGAAAACAACAUUAUCGCCUGUUAUAUCAACCGGUACAUCCUACACACCAACCUCUACUCUUCCAUCCUCUUCAUGGUGUGGGUAAGCAUGGACCGUUUCCUGCUCAUACGUCACCCAACACGACAGCACUUCCUGUUGACCCAGGAGGCAGCCCUUUCCUUGUCCAUCCUGACCUGGGUGGCAGUGAAUGCCCAGGUUGCCCCUCUCAUAUUUUAUAUGGUCAAGGACAAAAAGGAAAAUGUCUGCCUUGACUUUGCAAGUCUGGGGGACUCCCUGGGAUACAGUCUGGGUCUGACAGUGACUGGCUACCUGCUUCCCAUGCUGGGGCUCUGCUUCUUCACCUACCACAUCACCAAACUUUUGCAUGCCCAGGAGGGCGUGAUACAGGGCAGGACGACAACGUUUCGCCGUCCCCUACAGGUAGUCGCUGCUACAGCAGCCAUGUUUCUGCUACUGUACCUACCGUAUCAUGUGAUGCGGAAUGUGAAAAUAGCAUGGAAUCCUUCCAGGCCAGAGGAGUCUCAGUGCCUGAAUGAAUAUAUAGAGGGUGCUUACAUUUUAACCAGGCCUGUGGCCUUUGCCCAUAGUGUAAUCAACCCUGUGUUUUACUUCCUCAUGGGAGACCAGUUUAGAGAGCUGCUUUUGGUAAAGAUUAGACAGAUAUUAAGAAACUGUGGGUAAGCCACUUGAGAUCCCAUUGGACAUACACAUUCUCUCUCUCACACACACACACACACACACACACACACACAAGUUAAAGGAAGGGGAAGAAAAACACAAAAACAGGAAGUGCAGAGAUAUUGGGAAAUAUAAGUUGAGGUUGAGGACAGACAUUAGCAGACAAUGCAAAACCUCUAGCAAUGUUCACAUGUACUCACAAUCCCUUUGGUUAUUUAACAAUGAAUCAAUGCCUUAUAUAUACACUCGCCUAAAGGAUUAUUAGGAACCCCUGUUCAAUUUUUCAUUAAUGCAAUUAUCUAAUCAACC